GCUGCUGCUGCUGCUCCAGCGUGAACUGAGAAACCAGGAGACAAAAGCAACAAAGUGAAGCCCCCUCCGGAUCAAUCAAAUGGGUCAGGUCUGACCGUCCGGGACCCCGAACCCCGCCAUCCCGACGUCCCCCCCCACGGUUGUGUGCAGAGGAGCGGAGCUGCUUCGGGUUAUAAAUGGAGAGGGACAAGCAGGCGCUCUGUGUCCUGGACAGCAACACACGUGUGACGACACCAGCUUGAGAGCCUGCGUAUCAGUGAAUGCACCUGGGAAAAAAAGUGACCACACCUGACAACGCAGACCUGAUUAUUUCAGAGAAACCCUUGGGCUGCCGCCAUGGAUCUGGAGGAAGAGCUUGCUCACAUGAGUGAGGAAGUGGUUAGCGAAGCCAAUGGCUCCAUAGAAAGUAGGAGAAGAGAGGUAGAAGGGAACUGCCUGAGAAUCGAGGGACAAGAUGGCUACGUGUUCAAAUCUUAUAGCAUUAACCCUCACGAUGGUGUAAAUCCAAAGUCACCUGGCUGCUCCUCAUCACUGGAUAAAGACUCUCUUUCUUGUUUUAAUUUAUCGUCUCAGGGUGUAAGACAGUUGGAGUUAGACCUCGCAUGUAACACUGGUCCAGCUUCUCCCAACACUGAUAUUGGAGUAAAUGUAGAGAGGCAGCAGUACGAAAAUGGCAACAUAUCGCGCGAACACGCCACAGAGGAUAUUGAGGAUGCAAAUGACAUGGAAGAGGAUACGCAGGACGAUGAAAGGCUAGCAGCAUUUAGUAGCUCUUUUGCCCCUUUUUUCCCCAGAGAUGGGGAAGACUAUAGUAAUUUAUUUAGUGGAUACUCAAGCAGCCUUUAUGAUGUUGCCAUGGACGCUGUCAGUCAGAGUCUCUUGUCUUCUAUAAGGAGUCAUACUAACCCGAGGAAGAAAUCUCCCGCGUGGGAUCACUUCUGCAUAUCACCGCGAGACAACACCAAAGCAAUCUGUUUAUACUGCAUGAAAGAGUUCAGUCGGGGUAAGAAUGAAAAAGACCUCAGUACAAGUUGUUUAAUGAGGCACGUACGAAGGGCUCACCCCACUGUGCUUCCACCAGAAAGCUUAGACGGAUCCUUCAAUCUGCCCGGCGCUUUUCCCUCAUUGUUGCUACCUAUGACCCCGAACUCACCAAAAAACGGAGACUUAACAAAUAGCGUUCUUGCUUCUGCCUCAAACUCCUCACCGUCCACCUCCUCAGCUGAAACUUCAGACCUGCCACCCAAAGAAGUGAUAUCCAAAGUCGAACCAAAACUAGAACCACCCACCGACGCCAUGGGCACACUUUCAUCUUCACAUUCCAGCGACAACAACGUGGAGGACAUGUCAGAUGGAGGGCCCGAGCGCCUCCCAGGGACCCCAAAAGGCUCUAGUUCCCGCCGCAGGUCAGCUGUAUGGAAACAUUUCUACCUGUCACCCAUUGACAGCUCCAAAGCAGUAUGCAUCCAUUGCAUGAAUGAAUUCAGCAGGGGUAAAAAUGGAAAGGAUCUAGGGACAAGCUGUCUCAUUCGUCACAUGUGGAGGGCCCACAGAGAGGUUGUAAUUGAGGAAAAUGGACAAGGCGGUCACAUUCCCCCACCGUACACAAACUCGCCCUCACUGUUAUCCCGCACUCUCUUACAUGAUUCAUUCGAAAUUAAAAAAGAGUUACUCAUGCUUUCAUCCUCACCAGAAACCACAUCAGAUGAACUACCCCAUAGCAUGGAGAUGAACCUGGGUAUAAAGCAAGAAUGUGUAGAGGUGAUGAAUCUCUCAGGGCAGGAGUCCUCCCUUAACCUCUCCUUCAAAGCUCAUGAGGGGGAUACAUCCCUGGCCUCCUCACUGUGCAACCUCUUCGAAGGCCCGAGCCCCAACAUGGAUCAUACCGUUUUCCAACAAAACAAGAAGAUAAUGAAACGGGUGAAAUCUGAAGUGUGGCACCAUUUCAUCGUGUCACCAGUUGACCAGUUAAAAGCACUGUGCCGUUACUGUCCGUGUGUCAUUAGCAGGGGGAAACGGGGCGACUUUGGCACGAGCUGCCUGAUGAGACAUCUUAUGAGACGCCACCCAGACGUUCUCAAAAACCAAAAAAGCACAGACGACAAGGACUUGCCACCUCACCCCUUCAUCAAUCUCCCCUCAGCGGAUGCGGUUCCAGCCAAAGAAACAGAGGGCCCCGCCACAGAUAAAAAACCCCGCACCCUUCCAGUUUUCAGUAAAAGGACAUCAAAACUGUGGAACCAUUUCUCCAUUUCUCCCGUUGACCCCACGAAGGUGGUCUGUUUGCACUGUAACCGCACAAUAAGCAGAGGCAAAAAGACUACAAACCUCGGCACCAGCUGCCUCCUGAGGCACAUGCAGAGGUUUCACGGACACGUUCUUGAAAGCAACAAUAUUAUCUCAGGUGAUGUGCCGUCUGCUGAAUUUCACGUUAAGCAAGAAGUCGUGGAGACCUCCAUUUAUGAACCGGAGCAGAACUGUGUGAGGUUCGAUGAUCACCACCCGGUUGCCAAAAAUAUAACCAAACUUGUCGCAGAAAUGCUUGCACUGGAUCUUCAGCCAUCGGUUCUGGUGGAGAACGCUGGACUGAACAGACUGCUCGAGUACCUCCAGCCUCAAUAUUCUCUACCCCCGUCUUCUUACUUUACCAGCACUGCCAUACCAGAAAUGUACGAAAGGGUGAAGGAUGUCGUGGUGGCCCACUUGAAAGAGGCUGAGGAUGGCGUCGUCCACUUCACCGCAAGUAUCUGGGUCAGCAGCCAGACAAGGGAAUACCUGACCCUUACUGCCCACUGGGGGUCGUACGAGUCGAGUGUCAGACCCCAAGGUCAAGACUUUCACUGUUCCGCUCUCCUAAGUGUCUCACAAAUAGACUGUGAUCAAGAUAUGCAUGACAUCCCCAAACAGCUUGAAUAUCUGUGGGAUACUUGGAUCACCUCUUCCGGGCUGAAAAGGGGGUUCACCGUAACCGACAGCAACACCAUCAGACACGCCCUGGAGGCACACGGUCAUGCCAUCAUGCAGUGUUUCGGACACACUAUAGACCUCAUUGUAAAUGAAGCCAUAAAAAGCCAGAGAAUGGUUCAGAACCUCCUGAGCAUCGCGCGGAAGAUCUGUGAGCGCGUGCACCGCUCGGCGAAGGCUAAAGAGCAGCUGGCAGAGUUCCAGAAGGUCCACCAGCUGCCGGAGAACCAGCUGAUCCAGGACGUCCCCUCCAAAUGGAUGACCUCCUUUUCCAUGCUGGAGCGGCUGGUGGAGCAGAAGAACGCCAUCGAUGACAUGUCCAUCGAGUGCAGUUUCAGGGAAAUAAUCAGCUGCGACCAGUGGGAGGUGAUGCUGUCCGUCUGCAAUGCACUGAAACCGUUCGAAGUAGCCUGCAGAGAGAUGAGCAACCGCACCGCCACGCUGGGACAAGUCAUACCACUCAUUCACAUCCUCAACAGAAAAAUAGACAUGCUCUUCGACGAGACUGUGGGUAUAGACAAUAUGCUGAAGUCUUUGAAGGAGGCCAUGGUGAGCAGGAUGUCUGCCACUCUGCGCGACCCUCGAUACACCUGGGCCACCAUGCUGGACCCGAGAUACAAAACCUCAUUGUUCUCAGAGGAGGAGGCUGAGCAGUGCAAACAAGAUUUGAUCCGGGAGCUGGACUUUUCUUCUACCUCAGAUGCAAUAAAUCCUCCGCUGCCCAACGGCUGCAGCGAGGCGGCAGUUUCAUACAGCAACACCCACCCGAACAAGGACAACCUCUGGUCCUUGAUGAGCAACGUCAGGCAAGAUGUAAAACAAGAGGAGAGGCCAAAGUCCUCGGAGCUGGCAGUGCUCGAGUACCUCGAGGAAGACAUUCUGGAUCAAAGCUGUGACCCCCUCGACUAUUGGAACCUGAAAAAGUUCCUGUGGCCCGAACUCGCCAAAGUGGCCGCCCGUUACGCGGGCUGCCCCCCCAGCAUCGUCCCGGCAGAGACACUGUUCAGCACGUCCAGCGUCAACUGUGCCCUGAACCAGUCCCGGACCACGCUGGACAACGUGGAGAGUCUGCUGUUCCUUAAAGUCAACCUCCCUUUGAUUUAUUUUCAAUACUGAUCAUAAUUAAGCAUUAACUUGAAAAGCCUUCCAUAAAAGGACCAAGUUGCAUAGCUGUGAAACGGGAGGUUUUUUUCUGUUUGAGCAAGAUGUAAAAUAUCAAUUUAUACACUGAUUCUCAACGCGGAGGCCAGAUUGAGGUUUUAUUGUAUCGUGUACUACUGUUAAACACUCUGGAGCUGUUGUGAUGAAAAGUCUCAGAAGUGUAUCAGGGAGGGAGGGUUUGUUUUUAGUUUUUAGCUGUAGGGCUCGGUGAUGAUGCGUGUGUGUGUGCGUGCGUGCGUGUGUGGUCGUAAACUGGUGUUCCUUUUUUUUUUUUUAAUUGUUUUCUGUCUACUCUCUCCUUGUGCCUUAUCCAAUGCUACUUCAGGUCAAAAUGCUGUAAAUAUUAUGGAAAUUACAAAGAUCACAUCAGGAUGCUUUUUGAUGAUUUUUUUUCUUUUCUUUUUUUUUAAAACAGAUUAAAUAUAAAUGCAGGGUUGUUUCCUGAAUGAAAACAAGACCCAAAAAUAAAUGCUGUGACUGAAAGAUGUUUAAGUUAAUGUUAUUUAAUUUCACUUGUGAAUCUGUGGCUCACGGUACUGUCACUUAGAAAUAGACCUUUUUUUAUUUUUACUUGCUGAAAUGUUUUUAAUGAAUUCGUGUACAAUAUUGCUGUAUUUUCAGAUUAAGGGGGUGGUUUGGAUUCUACAAUUUUUCUCUUAAGCACAAUUUUAGUUUAUGUCCAGGGGGUUAAAUUAAUGGGUUUAUUAUCAAUUAAAAAUGAUGUACUGUACAUUUUUAUAUUAAAUUACUUCUGAACCUAAUUUGAUAAAUGUUUUAGCAUUGAGACUGGAAAAAUGCAAAUUUUGUGGUCAUUUGUAAAUAAAGGUUUCCCUUAUACAAAAAAAGUUUUUUCUU